GCGCUCCGCAGCGGAGGGAGGCCGGUGGGGGCCGGGCUAAGAUGGCGGACGGGGUGCUGAGCCCCGGGGUGAACCUGGAGGCCUUCUCCCAGGCUAUCGCCGCCAUCCAGGCGCUGCGCUCCAGCGUGACGAGGGUCUUCGACUGCCUGAAGGAUGGCAUGCGGAACAAGGAGACGCUGGAGGGCCGCGAGAAGGGCUUCGUGGCCGCCUUCCAGGAGAGCCUGCACUCCGUCAGCCGCGACCUGGGUGAGCUGGAGCGUCUGAGCAAUCUGGUUGGUAAACCGUCUGAGAACCAUCCCUUGCACAACAGCGGACUGUUGAGCCUAGAUCCUGUUCAGGACAAAACACCUCUUUACAGCCAACUUCUUCAAGCCUACAAAUGGUCAAAUAAGUUGCAGUACCAUGCAGGGCUAGCAUCUGGCCUUCUGAAUCAGCAGUCUUUGAAACGGUCAGCCAACCAGAUGGGAGUAUCUGCAAAACGCAGACCGAAAGCCCAGCCGACAACUCUCGUCUUACCCCCUCAAUACGUCGAUGAUGUGAUCAAUCGCAUUGAUAGGAUGUUCCCUGAAAUGACUAUCCAGCUAUCCCGGCCAAAUGGGACCUCUGCAAUGCUUCUGGUUACCUUAGGAAAAGUGCUAAAAGUGAUAGUGGUGAUGCGGAGCCUCUUCAUUGACCGGACAAUAGUAAAAGGCUACAAUGAAAACGUCUAUACCGAAGAUGGCAAGCUUGACAUAUGGUCCAAAUCCAACUAUCAGGUUUUUCAGAAGGUGACGGAUCACGCAACCACUGCUCUGCUGCACUACCAGCUGCCUCAGAUGCCCGACGUGGUAGUCAGGUCUUUCAUGACCUGGUUAAGAAGUUACAUAAAGCUGUUCCAGGCUCCAUGCCAGCGCUGCGGGAAGUUUCUGCAGGAUGGCCUGCCGCCCACGUGGAGGGAUUUCCGAACACUUGAAGCCUUUCAUGACACUUGCAGGCAGUAGCAGCACAGCCCAGCAGUUGGCAUGUGUGGAGAGAACAAUGUCGGGCUGGAAAGAGCUGAUGGUUUAAUUGUUGGUUCUAUUUCUGGCCCUUUCAUCCUGUACUAAAUACUGGGGUUGCACUAAUACAUUUUACUAUUUAAAAGUCCUCGCACGGCAAGGCAGAUGUGAGUCUAAUGCAUUUUGGAGAAGACGGUAAAGAUCUAUAUGUGAUUUCUUGAUGCUUCUCAGCUGAAAUGAAUCUGUGGAGAUCUGAUAGCAAUGAUCUUUAUCCUAGAUGUUAAGGAAAGGAUCCGUGUACAGUUCGUGUUUUGAAACAGAAUUUGCGAUGUUGAAAUCUUUUAUAAGCUUGAAAUAAAUUUUGUAUUCCAGAA